CUAUUGGCCAGCAGGAUGAUACGUAAUAUUUUCAACGAGCCGCCAUGUUAGAAAGCCAACCCCUUUCUUUCAUUCGGUGAGGAGGAGAUUGCAUAUACUUUAAAGAAAGAAGUGGCAGUUUAGAGGUUGAAUCUGACCAAACGCACAUUUAUAGAAGACAUAUUUGUUUUGCCAGGGUUCUUGAACGCUAACAGUGACUUAGCCGCUCUCCACAAUGGCGACUGCAACUCCCACCGCCCACAGAGGCACAUGCGGCGGCAGCGCCACACCGCUAAGUCCGACCAGAAUAACCAGGCUGCAGGAAAAACAACAGCUCAGAGACCUCAAUGACCGUCUUGCUGUUUACAUCGAUAAAGUUCGUAGUUUAGAGUCUGAGAAUGACGUACUUCACCUCCAGAUUAGCGAAAAAGAGGAAACUAGGAGUCGGGAACUCGGUGGACUGAAAGCACUGUAUGAGACGGAGCUAGCCGACGUCAGGAGGAGUUUGGAUGACUCCUCCAAGGAGCGGGCCUGGCUGCAGAUUGAGUUGGGAAAGGUCAAAUCCGAUCAUGAACAUCUUCAACAAAACUACACUAAAAAGGACACAGAUGCUGCAGCAGCCGUGGCCAGAUUGAAGGAAUUGGAGGCUCAGCUCAAUGGCAAAGAUGCAAUGCUGGCUACUAUACUAUCUGAGAAAAGGGGGCUAGAAAAUACUCUAUCUGAGCUGCAGGAACAACUUCAGGAGAUGGAAACGGGUCUUUCUCAGGUCAAGAAGGAGCUUUCUGAUGAGAUGCUUAUGCGUAUUGACUUGGAAAACCGUUGCCAGAGUCUGGCAGAAGAGAUGGACUUCCGAAAGAGUAUGCAUGAAGAGGUGAGGAUGCCACUUGUCAUGUUUGUAUAGCUUUGUAGUGCACAU